CUUUUUGGACCACACCGUUUGUGUAUGUCACAUCGUCUAUAACAUCCCCUGAGGUGACAACAAAAUUGUUUGGAACAAGCACGUCAGCUGCAGAGAUAUCAACUGUCGAGACAACUGAAAUGACCGAAACAGUUCAUGAUACCGAGUUAGAGACAGAAGAAUAUGAAGAAUACGAAGAAGAAGUUACCACUGAAGAACAUCCAUCGUUUUAUGAUUAUGAAGAGACAGGAACCACUGGAACAACAUUAACAACACUGUCGAUUGAAAUGGAAUACCCAACUACAACAGAAGGUAUUACUAUUUUCAAGGAGAGUUCAUUAUUUACAACAGAAUUGACUACCAUGUUUGGUACCAUAUCCAGUGAGUUAUCUGUAGUUUUAGAAACCCCUGAAACAACAACACCAAUAACAGCGUUCUGGGAAGUUAAUAUCACUACAGUACCCUUUAUAAUUGCAAACAUUACCGAAGAAAUAUCAGAAUUUACAUCAGAAUCUAUCAAUGUAACUACUGAACAGAUUCCAAUAGUUACUGAAACAACUAAACAUACAACCACUGAAUUGCCAAGUGUUACUGUUACAGCUGAAAGCACCAGUUUUCAUACAAAACUUACAGAAACUAGAGAACCAAUCACAUCGUAUAUUACACCAAUUGAGACAUUUGCAGCAGAAACAACACCAAUUUCUAUCCUUCCUGAAGUUACAACAAUUGCAUCUCUUACUUCUCCUGAAGUAAUCACCAUAAAUGAAGAAGUUACGAGUACUGAAGAGCAAUAUGGUGAAACAGAAACAAUAUACGAUACCGAAUAUGGAGAAGAAUAUAAAGAAACAUACGAUGAAGAAGAAGAAGAAUACGAAGAAGAAGAAAGUACAGAAAUAGUCAGUCCAAUUUGGCAUGACUAUAUAGAAGAAAAUUUCACGUCUACAACUGAAAGUAUUAUCCACGUAGAAGUUACAAUUACAGGGAAAGAAACAACUCUUGUAACAUUUACUGAAUCAGCUGUUUCAAUUUUAACGACAGCCUCGACCCUGUCAACGGAAAUAGAAACAACAUUGGAGAAGCCGUUUGUUACUGAAGAAACUACAUGGUCCCUUCGUCCUGAAACAACUUCCAUAGUUACAGAAUUUAAUGAAACCGACACGACUGAAGUGGAACUCUUCAACAUUACAACCUCCAUGUACACUUUGCCAUCAACUCCCGAAUUUACAACCGAAUCUUUGCCACAGGACUAUCUAGAAGAAACUGAAAGUUACCAUCUUGAAAGCAAUAUUACAACGCUUAGUACUACCGAAGUUACAUUAACAACUUAUCUAACAUCACGGAUAGAAACAAUGAUUCAUGAAGAAGAAAGACACACCCUGCAGGGGAUUGCACUAACAACUAUCCCAACUGUACUAGUUACUCUUACAUUAGGUGGUACAACAAACGAAUUCCAGAAGAGAACACGUCAUCGAGAGCUGAAGAUAGAAUUGCUGGAAAAACUUGAAGACCUGGAAACAACACAGGAGGAGAUCCUCGAGGAGGAGGAAGAUUUACAAAAAGAAGAAGAAAAAUGGGCACAAGAGAAAGUGAGACGAAUGAACGAAAUGAUCGAGCGAAAGAAGAAAAUGAAAACAUCCUCAUUGGAGCCACAUGGUGCCACUAAACAACCAGCUUCAAUCCCUAUACAUGGUACAACGAUUCCUCUGAAACCUACCACUUUUGCUCCUGUUAAACCGGUAACAUUCGUAAGUACAACUGAAGACGUUGUCGAGAAAGAGGUAAGAAGACUAGAAAAACAAGUUGAAGAAAAAGAGAAGGACUUGAAGGAAAGGGAGGAUCACUUGCUGGAGAGGAAACAUAGACUCCAAAGAGAGAAGGAAGAAUUUGAACAGAAGAUGGAGAAAAUGGAACAGGAAUUGUCUGCGGGAGAUCUCGAAGAGAAAAUGAAAACGGAGAGUGGAACAACGCAUACAACACCGUCCCUGACCCAAUUGCCACCCACCGAGAGGACAACCAUUGAAAUCAGAGAAACCACGAAGAUGGGAGAAAUUGGUGAAGAUACUACUGACAGGAGGGUUAUUCCUCAAACGUUGCACGAGGAGGAAGAAGAAGAAAAGGAUUACGACGAACAAAGUCCACCCAUGAAAGAAAAAGAUACCACGAAAAUUUGCCUAAACGUCUUGAAGAAUAAAACACUGGGAAGGUACAACGGGAAUGUGGUGACUGAAAGAGUAUGUUUACCAUUUGUCCCUGGUGAAAGUAGAAAAGGCUUGGCGAAUGAGAAAAUGAAGAUAAAUAGCUUAAACCUUAAACAACACGAAUGGACAGAAGGAGACUUCGUGAAAGACAGCAACCAUGAAGGAUUGCAAACUGAGUCCCCAGAGGAUCGGUAUAAACGAAACAACAUUUAUCAGGAAGGGAAUAUUGAUCCUGAGUUUCGUGCACGUUUGUUUGAUGAUCGAGAGAAUUUUCAGCAGAUUGUUCCUGAAGAGAAGAGAAUAGUGACACGAAUUAACGAGGUCAUUCCAAUGUAUGAAAAUUCUAAUUAUGAAUUUAGAAAUGAUAAAUUUAUGGUCACCAAAGCAUUAGGAAGUAAUAAGGAUCAUUGGCAAUAUGAUAAGAAGUACAUGAAGAGAUCUGUUUUGGAGAUUGAUGACAAUGAUGAGAUGAUUAUUAAAAAUAAUUAUGAAACAGACCAUGAAGAAAACGUUUUGCAGAGGCCAACAGAGAGUACAAUUUCAAUAUAUCAUACUUUAACAACCAAUAAAUUUUUUUGGAAAUCAUUUGCUAAAAAUAAAGAUCCCAACAAAAAGUAUGAUAAAAAUAGAAACGCUCAUUUUAUGAGAAAAGUCAGAUCGAGUCAAGAUGAUUUAUCUAUGGAUGACAAUUCUGAGGAUGACAAAAUUGAUUCAACUCCAGAGGACGAAAAUUUGUCAGAUACUUCCAUUUUUGAAAAUGAAAAUCAAGGUCCAAGAAGAGAUCUUGAAGAUGACGAUGAAAAUGAAGAUUCAGAAGGCACUGAUGGUAAAAUUAGAAAAACACCUGGUCCCCAAUGGCCAACUGAACCGCUGACUGCGUAUCACAUAGGCGGUACUGAAACAUGGACUUUGGAAUUUCCUGAAAUAGAGAAAUCAGAAUACCUGGAUGAUGAAAAUUUUGCUCUUUAACAGGAAAUCCAAAGUGGUCUCUAAAUACUUCUCCGUCUGAUAACACAGUUUAUCUUCCUGAAG